AUGAGAGUUGUUGGUUUAAGAGUCAAGGCAUUGUCGAUGGAGGAUUCUGAUAAUCGGUUGGUUGGUGGUGGUGGUGGGGUCAUUGAGAAAGAGUUAGAAUUUAAGCCAUCUUUUGGUGAGUAUUUGAAGGCUAUGGAGUCUGUUAAGACUGGAAGAGAAAAGAAUCAAGUACAUAAGUCAAGUAGUUAUAAGUUGAAGGAUGAUUUAGAGGGGAAUGGUGCGCCUUUAUCAGAAAGAGAUGAAAGGACUGUAAAAUUGAGGAGGUUUAAGGAUCAAGGAAAGGUGUCCAAAGUUGUGGAAUGUGAUGAGUUUUGUGACAGUGCUAAUGGAUCCAGUGAUCAAGAAGAUGUAGUUAAUGCCAGGAUUGAUUACAAAAGAGGAAGAAUUAGAGAGUUCAACCAUAAGGUGGAUGGCAAAGAAAGUCUUGCUCAUGGUAAUGUAAGAAGGAAGAUGGAAGGAGCUACAGGUAAUGGGCGGUGGUUGAGGAAUCGUACUAGCAGCAUCGAUUCAAACUUGGAGGACGUUGGCGUGGAUGGCAAAGAUUCCCCGGAUAUGUUUGGACUGAAGGGGAGAAAGUUUGAAAAGGAGAACAUUGGUGUUGGAGUCAACAAAAUGAAUGGUGGACUUGUGAGGAAUCGCAGUCGAGUUGAUAAAAUCACUGACAAGAGAUACGUACAGAAAAAUGGAUUAUCGAGAAGAAGUGAUCAGGCUUUCCUUGAAAGAAGCUAUGGUGAUGAUUUUGAAGUAGAAAGGGCUGCCUUCAAAAGUUUUGAGCAAUCCAAUGAUGUUAUUGGCAAGACAAAAGUUCCGAUGAGGGAAAUAGAGGAGAAAAUUCAGAAGCUAGGAAACUGGUUAAAUGGUGCUGAUAUUGAUAUGCCUGAGUGGAUGUUCUCUAAGGCAAUGCGUAGUGCAAGAGUUAAAUAUACAGAUCAUUCUGUAUUAAGGAUUAUCCAGAUACUGGGUAAAUUGGGCAAUUGGAGGCGAGUGCUACAAGUCAUCGAGUGGCUUAACAUACGAGAACGCUAUAAAUCCUACAGGCUAAGGCACGUUUACACAACUGCACUUCAUGUACUUGGCAAGGCAAAAAGACCUGUAGAGGCACUCAAUUUAUUUCGCGCAAUGCAGCAAGAAAUGUCUUUGUAUCCUGACCUAGUAGCUUAUCGUACUAUAGCUGUCACUCUCGGACAGGCCGGAUAUAUGAAGGAACUUUUUGAUGUAAUAGAUAGCAUGCGAUCUCCUCCCAAGAAGUUCAAAUCUGGGACACUUGGGAAGCGGAACCCAGGGUUGGAACCUGAUAUUGUUGUCUACAAUGCGGUCCUAAAUGCUUGUGUUCGGCGGAAACAAUGGGAAGGUGCAUUUUGGGUUUUACAGCAGAUAAAGGAAAAGGGUGAGCAACCUUCUACAGCAACGUACGGACUUAUUAUGGAGGUCAUGCUUGCAUGUGGCAAGUACAACUUGGUUCAUGAGUUCUUCAGAAAAGCUCAGAAGUCUUCCAUUCCAAAUGCCUUAGUAUAUAAAGGUGCUUGGACUGAUCUAUCAUUUCUUCCAUUUGAUUUUGUAGAACCUCAUUUUGAAAACAAAUUCUUGUCACAUACAGUUCUUGUCAAUACGCAUUGGAGAGAGGGUAAGACAGAUGAGGCUGUAUUGGCUGUUAAAGACAUGGAAAGACGGGGAAUUGUGGGUUCAGCUGCUCUUUAUUAUGAUCUUGCACGCUGUCUCUGUACAGCUGGAAGGUGUCAAGAAGCACUAGCUCUGAUUGAUAAAAUAUGCAAGGUUGCCAAUAAGCCGCUUGUAGUAACUUACACUGGCUUAAUUCAAGCUUGUCUGGACUCUGGAAACAUUCAAAAUGCUGGGUACAUCUUCAAUCAAAUGAGGAACUUUUGCCCCCCAAAUCUUGUUACUUGCAACAUAAUGCUGAAAGCAUAUCUAGAACAUGGAUUGUUUGAAGAAGCAAACAAGCUUUUCUACAAGAUGUUAGAGGAUGGCAAUCAUAUCAGCGGAAGAUCUGAUUACAAGUUUCGGGUAAUACCAGAUAUCUAUACUUUUAACACCUUGCUUGAUGCAAGCAUUGCGGAGAAGAGGUGGGAUGACUUUGAGUAUGUUUAUCGAAAGAUGUUGCACCAUGGGUUCCACUUCAAUGCAAACCGUCAUCUUCGAAUGGUACUGGAUGCUUCAAGAGCUGGAAAGGAAGAAGUACUGGAAAUAACUUGGAAGCACUUGGCUCAGGAAGACAGGAUUCCUCCACCGCCUCUCGCCAAAGAAAGAUUUUGCAUGAUGCUUGAAAACGAAGACUUUAAUUCUGCUCUCGCCUGUAUUUCCGCAAUUCCUGUUGGGGAGUCUCAAGCUUUCUCUAAAAGUGCUUGGCUGAAUCUAUUUGAAGAAAACGGCCAGCGGUUUAGAAAGGACACCCUUAUGCGGCUAAUGCACGAGGUGCGUGUGCGUGCUGCUCGAAGCAACUCGCCGAACCCUGUAUUGCAAAAUCUAUUAAUAUCUUGUAGUAAUUAUAACAGGCCUCGUGUAAAGGUUCCUGAAAUCAAUCAAACAGAACUUUUGUGUACAGUUCAAUCUGAAACAUCUUUGAAAUCUUAA